AUGAUGCAAGGGGGCAGCAAGCACAAAGGCUCUGGGAUGCCAACUGAUCUGCGGCCAAGGGCCAUGUCAGGAUCUUCAAGUGGAAAAACCACACCUGUCCAGAGCCCCAUUACUAAGCCAACAGAGAAUACCCCACUUGUGUCUUCCACCUAUAAAAAUGUAGCUUCCAAAAGCACUGUGAAACCAUCUCCAACUCCAGUUUCCUCAGUGGCAAACACCACCUCGAAAUCCCCAGCAAAACCAUCACCUACUCCAGUUUCUAUAGCCACAAAAAAUGUGACAGCCACCACCUUGAAAACCAAAGCAACUUCUCAAAUGACAACACCAGGGGUCUCAGUAAACACGACUUCCACCACCUUAAAGUCUACACCCAAAAUAACAAGUGUUUCACAAAAGACAUCCCAGACAUCAACAUCCACGAUGGCCACAACCCACAAUAAUUCUGUGACAUCUGUUUCUUCAUCGGUAACAGUCACAGCAACUGUGAAUUCUAAAGACAAUAAAGGAUCAAAAUUUGAUAUUGGCAGCUUUAUUGGUGGUAUUGCAUUAACGCUGGGAAUCUUAUCUAUUCUUUACGUUGGAUGCAAAGUGUAUUACUCAAGAAGAGGCAUUCAGUAUAGAACCAUUGAUGAACAUGAUGCCAUCAUUUAAGGAAAUCUAAGGACCAAAGGAAAGAAGAUUGUUGCAACCCUAUGGAUUAAUUUAAGACAAUGUCCUCUUUUUGAAAAUAGUAUAAACAGACCAUGCAUAUAAUGUACAAUGUAUCACAUAAAUAUAUAAAAGUUCAUCAUGAUUACUAAAGGUAAAAAGGGUUUGUUUUGGGUUUUUAGUGAACACUUGGAGUGUAUGGGUAAUGCAGUGGUUAUAUUCACUUCUAGAAAAUGUAUAGUAAGACAAGUCCUGUCACAUUUUCCUGUGGCGUUGGUCACAUAGGGCCAGUAAUUGAAGACAGAUACAGAUGAGCUUGUCACAGCACUCAGGAUGUUGAUUGUCUUUAUUGCUCACACAGAGAACUUAGUGCUACUCAGAACUGGAUAUAUCCCACUUGCUAAUGCCACACAGAAAUGUUAUGAGUAAAUCAGGUCUUAAGCAUAAUUUUAGUUUGUGUCUCUUCAGAAGCAUCAAUAUUUUAUGUGUUUUAAAGCUUACUUCUUGGUUGAGAAACAAAAUGCACCCCUCCAAAAAAAAUCAAGUAAAAGCAGAAACAGUACCAGGGCUGAACCCUGUUAGAGAGCCUGUGUUUUUAUUAAUAACUUCUUUUAAGCUUUCGGUGGCAGUUGAUAUAAUUAUCUUUUUCCCCCUGUAAUUUCAGUAAGUUGCAGUGUUUAACAUGAUAGUAUUUUAAAGACUUAGUUGUUAGUAUUAAAUAAGUUAGAGUAUUUGCUACUGUGAGAAUAUUGUCACCACUGGAAAUUGCUUUAUUUCAUAGUCAGCUACUAUAUAUUUAGUGAAUAUUUUUAAGAAAUGUAGAGCUGCUUUCAAUACAUAGAAACAUAACUUUUAAAAAAGUCUCUUAUAUGAUUUCCAAAUAACAUUUAGGACUCUGUCUAGUGAGAACUAUAGGUUAAUGCUGUGUUUAUCAAGCCAAGGAUUGUAGAGCUCCCUCAAGCUACUAAACCUACAAGAUGAAAAUACUGUAUUUUUCUGCACUGUUAAAAGUUUGGGGAGACUGCAUUUUUGUACUAAAAUACCAGUGUAUUUUGGAAUAAAUUCUUACAUAAGUCCUGUUUUAAAACUUCCUUAUUUGGGAAUUCUUCCCACCACUCCCUUUUUGCUGAAGAGGAGGCACUUUCAGAUGUAAUGGAGAGGAAAAGCAUAGUACUGUAGGGACACCAAUAUUAGCCAGCAUAUUUUUUUGAGUGUUUUCAGUUUUACAGUUUAUAUUCCAGCACUCAAAACUCAGGGUCAAGUUUUGACAAAAGAGGUAUUUAGUCUUACUAAGAUCGUAUUUCUGUCUUAGAUUAGUCAAAGUAAAUCAUAACCAAUUUCUAACCGUCUAAAAAUGAGCUAAGAUGCCCUAAUAAACAUGCAUCUACAUUUAACAGCCAUUAAAUAUAACUUUUUGAUCAGCUUUUGCUUUAUGGAGAAUAUCAUAUGCACAUUUUUAUAGAAAAGGGUCAUUUCUACUCACUGUGCAGGAUGGCUAAUUGAUGUGAAUGUGGAUGAUAAAUUAUCCAAAGUAUGGGUAUGUGACACAUGCAGUGUGGAAGGAACAUUAUGAAACCCAUGUGUUUACAUUAGUUUGAAAAAAAGAUGUUGGCUGAUAGGUAAGCUGGCUGUUACUACUAACUUAGCCCUAACUCAUCUUUAGUAAUGGGGCCUUUUAAAUUUUAAGUUGUUUUGUCCCCUGCCUUCUUGAUAUUUUAGUACUCAUCACUCAGAACUUUGUAGACAGGCCUGAUUUUCUUGACUUCUUUCUUUAGCACUUUGAAGAUAUUAAACCACUUUUUAAGUACUAAAUGUCAUUAUAUGCAUUUAAAGUUUCCUGUGCUUUGGGUUUAAAAUAAUUUAGUUACGUCUUUUCUCUGUAUUUAAGGUGGAUAAUUUGUUACUUUUAAACACCAGUACUUCCAUACAGUCAUUUUUUUGGUUGUGAGCAAAAUUUGAGAGAAAUGGGGAUACAAACCAAUAUUUUGCUUUGGAGCACAUUUCCUAUUUUUUUUCUAAUUAUGUUUACUUAAAGCAAAUGUUCAAUUUUGUUUGCAUUCUUGGAGAAUGUAUUUACUUGAAGAUAAAAGCAGUCCAGAUGUAUAUAAUAGGGAGAAUCCAAUCAAUGAUUUUAAAUUUUCCUUGGAUAAUCCAUAAAAUACAUAAUUCACAUACAGAUUAAAUAAGAGUUGGCAAUAUAUUAGUGAUAAUUUUGUAUUUUUCAGGAAAAAAAAAUUUAAGUGAAUUCCUCUUUUUUCUUUUUAUUAUAAUGACUAGUUUUGGGUAUUUCAUUUUUACUAAGAUCUAUUUUUAGAAUAAAAUUUUGUUCACCAAGA